AUAUAUUAUUCUAUUUCCAUACAUCAUAUAAGCUAAUAUCCACCCCUAACUAUAAAUAUAUACAUAAUUAAACCUAUAUAUGUAUCUCUACACAACACCCCUUUCCCUCCCUCUCUCUUUCUCUCCCUCUUCCUCCUUUGCUAUUAAGCUCAUCUUUGAAACUUUUUCCAUGCCCUACUAAUAUAAUCUUCCUAAAGGUUUUUUACAUUUACAUAUAGCUAUCAAGCAAGAAAAAUCUCACAUAUGGGUUUGAAAGAUAUUGGGUCCAAAUUGCCGCCGGGCUUUCGGUUCCAUCCAAGUGAUGAAGAGUUGGUUUGCCACUAUCUUUGCAACAAGAUUAGGGCCAAAUCUGAUCAGGGUGAUGUUGAGGAUGAUGAAGUUGAUGAAACCUUGAAGGAUGCUACUGAUCUUGUGGAGAUUGACUUGCAUAUCUGUGAGCCAUGGCAGCUUCCAGAUGUGGCAAAGCUGAACGCAAAGGAGUGGUACUUCUUCAGUUUUCGCGAUAGAAAAUAUGCGACUGGGUACCGCACAAACAGAGCGACGAUAAGCGGAUACUGGAAAGCAACAGGAAAAGAUCGAACGGUGAUGGAUCCACGUACAAGGCAAUUGGUAGGGAUGAGAAAAACACUGGUCUUCUACAGGAACAGAGCUCCAAAUGGGAUCAAAACUACUUGGAUCAUGCACGAGUUCCGUCUUGAAUGUCCUAACAUCCCACCUAAGGAAGACUGGGUCUUGUGCAGAGUGUUCAACAAAGGCAGAGACUCAUCACUACAAGACAAUAAUUAUAACAAUGAUCAUCAGACUCAAAGGCUUGAAAUCAUUGACGCUCCGGAUCUUAAUUACGCCCCUCAUUACAACAACCAGUUGCCACCUUUAUUAUCAUCUCCUCCACAUCAUCAGCAACAAGAGAAGAUGAAAAUCCAAGUUUGUGAUCAGUGGGAGCAGCUAACCAAGCAGCCUUCAAUUAGGACCACCGACCAUCCCUAUCAUCAACAUUGUCAUCAUCAAACCGUAGCAUGUGGUUGGGAGCAGAUGAUUAUCGGUUCGUUGUCCUCAUCGUCGAGCCAUGGCCCUGAUCACGAGUCCCUGCUAAAUUUGCUUUACGUCGACAACAACAACAGUGUCAACAUCACGGAUGAUCAUCAUCAGAAUUAUGAGAAGAUUUUGUUGUCACCAGAGAUGACGAGUUUGGAGCAUGACAAGACAUGUAUGGGAUCAUCAUCGGAUGGUGGUAUGGUUUCAGACCUUCACGUGGAAUGUGGUGGCUUGAGUUUUGAGACCGACAAUCUCUUCCCUUUCCAUUGAAUAUACUAUUGAAGGGUUUGGCCGAUUUGUUGAUUCGUGAUUUACAAAAAAAUAUUUCAUCUAUAGAUUUAUUACAUUAUUAUACAUAUAAAUUGUGUGGCAUUUGGGUAUAGGGUUUGUGAUUCUAGGGUUCUUAGGAUAUUGUUAUCAUUAGCUUGCCUUUAGGUAUUCUUCAUUUUUCAUUUUAUGUAAACCAUUUGCUAUGAAUAUUAUCGUCAUAAUUAGGUUUCUUU